AUGGAUUUGGAUCAAGAUGUGCUGUACUGGAACGCCCAUGUGUUCUUCAACUCGAAGUUGUUGUUGGCCUUGAAGGACGUGGUGGCUCUGCGUGCUGCCGCCGAAGCCGUGCAGCGCCACUGGGAUCCCUUUGCUGAAGCGAUCCCUAUCCCUUUUCACGAGAAGUGGCUGGAGCAGUGUGCUGAGAUGGCAGGGCUCAUCAUCGAGCAAGGGCUUCAUGAGGUCUGCUGGGAGGAUGUGAAACCCAUCAUCGAGAGCAACAGCGACAGCAAACUCAUGAGGUUGAUGACGGACAAGUUGGACUGGGCCUUGGAGGUUCAGAGCUGCUGGCUUCACUGGAAGCGACUCCAGGGGACAUCCGCGCGACUCCUCGAGACCUUGGAAGAACGGGAGAGCGAGCUGCGCGCCUUGCAGAAUGAUCGCCCCCGGCUGCUGCUGCAAAAGAAGAUGGGUUCGAAAAAGAAGACGGUGGAGGUGGAGUUUUACCGCGCCGACCUGACGGAUCUGCCCUUCUGCUUUGGCGACACGUGCUUCUACUUGGUCUCGAAGUUUGCAGACCUGCCGAUGGCAGACAUGCUGAGCAGCCGCACCACGGCCCUGGGUGCCUUGGCACAACGCUUCGACGGCUUGAGGCAACACAUCCUGGCGAUCGAAGCGGGGCGGCUGGAGGACUACGUCUCGGUGGCGAACGUCGAGGCCACGGUGCACCGAGUGCAUGUCUUCAACGACUUGCCCAACGAGGAGGUUCCCUUUGGCUUGGCAGUGGUGGACCUGGGAAGCAGCAACGAGAACUUGAAUGUUGCGGAGUUAUACAAGGACUUGAUGUGCCUUGACAAGGUCCUGUUGGAGAAGGACUGCAGCAGUUUGCUGACAGUCCUCACCGGCUACGGCCCCAAGACCUUGCGUUGCUUCGCGGAGCUCUCGGUGGACCUGGUCCUGCGAGAGCUCUGCGGCUGGGUGGAGUACCUGGCGCCCCACUGCCGACCCCUGCGGAAGGUCCAAGUGUGCAGCUUCAAGUCUGAGACAGCUACAGAGAUCAGGAACUACUUUGCCGGUGGGCGGACGGUCCCUGAAAAUAGCAUCGACCAACUCCAAAGACGAGUGGCCAAUGACAGGGUCUUUAGUGAAUGGUUGGAAGGAUUGAAUCUGAGACCAGCUGUGGAUGGCUUCAUAGAAAAGGCCAGGCAGACCGUCGCUGAUCGAAAGGACUAUCAUUGCCAGCUAUCCUCCAAGAUGCGGGAGCUCAUUGGACAAUUCGUGGAGAACGUUCUGAUGGCUUCCUUUGGUGUUCGCGAUGCGUAG